AUGCUGCAAAAGAACCCGGCAUCCAAGUCUGUGCCUGCUGCCGCCAAGGCCCAAGCCAAUGCGGUGGCGGCGCUGGUGCAAGCCAACGUCGAUGCCCCAGUGAAAGGUGGUGCCCCCCAGGCGAAGAGCGCACCGGUGGCGGCUAAGGCUAACAACAACAACCUGAAGCCCAGCGCCCCCGCCGCCGUCACCAAGACUCCGGGAGCCGAUGCCGACGCCAAACCGGUGCCCAGAGAAGCGCCCAAGCCUCAAGUUAAGGCGCCCACGUCCGCGGGCCCUUUGCAAUUCACCCCUCUCUCGGAGAUUGCCCCCAACGUGCAAAGACUCGCCGACGCCUUCCACAAGACCCAGAAGACCCACUCGGUGCAAUUCCGGUUAAACCAGUUGCGUAACGUCUAUUUCGCCAUCAAGGAUAACAUCCCCGCGUUGGAGGACGCGUUGGAAAAGGACUUUUGCCGGCUGCGGGCGGAGACUAAGAACUUGGAGAUCUUGACCGGGUUGAACGAAUUGGUGUUUAUCAUGGCCAAUUUGCACAAGUGGGCCACCCCGGAAAAGGUGACUGACUUGCCGCUCAACCUUAAGCUGAACCCCGUGUACGUCGAGCGGAUUCCCCUCGGUGUGGUGCUUGUGAUUUCGCCGUUUAACUACCCGUUCUUGUUAUCGCUUUCUCUGAUUGUCGGUGCCUUGUCUGGUGGUAACUGUGUGGUGUGGAAGCCGUCGGAAUUGACCCCUCACUUCUCCAAGUUGUUCGGUGAGAUCUUGUCGCAAGCGUUGGACAAGGAUAUCUUCUAUGUCGUGAACGGGGGUAUCCCGGAAACCACUGAAGUGCUCAACCAGCGCUUCGACAAGAUCAUGUACACCGGUAACAACAUGGUCGGAGGCAUUAUUGCCCGUAAGGCGGCGGAGACGUUGACCCCCGUGCUUUUGGAAUUGGGCGGUAAACUGCCGGCUUUUGUGGUCAAGGACGUCAAGGACAAGGACAUCGAGACCAUUGCUCGCCGUAUCGCCUGGGGCCGGUUCACCAACGCCGGCCAAACCUGUGUUGCCGCUGACUACGUCGUUGUCCACCGCCUGAUUAAAGACAAGCUCGUCCAGGCGCUCGUCAAGGCGACCCGCGACGACUUCUACGCCGACCUCGACUCGAAGAACAAGGACUACACCCACAUCAUCCACGACCGCGCGUUUAACAACUUGACGCGGAUCAUCAAGGAGACCAAGGGCGAUGUGGUCCUAGGUGGGGUGCUGGACCUGGCGCUGCGGUACAUCGCCCCCACUAUCAUCGACAACGUGCUGUGGGACGACCCGUCGAUGAGCCAGGAGCUCUUCGGCCCCGUGUUGCCCGUCAUCGCCUACGACGACUUGAAGGAGACGGUCGAGCACAUCGCCGGCGGCGAGUUCGACACCCCGUUGGCUCAGUAUAUCUUUACUUCGGGGCCGGCUAACCGCAACAAGAACCCCGACGUCAACACCAUCCUUACCACGUUGAGACUGGGUGGGGUGAUCAUCAACGACGUGUUGCUUCACGUGGCCCUUGUCAACGCCCCCUUCGGCGGCAUUGGCAACUCCGGGAUUGGUGCCUACCACGGGAUCCACUCGUUCAAGGCGUUUACCCACGAGAGAACCACCAUCGAACAAAAGUUGUGGAACGAGUUCAUGUUGAAGGUGCGCUACCCGCCGUUCAACGACAAGAAUAACGCCGUCAUCGACGCUGCCCAGACCAGUUACAACGGCAACGUGUGGUUUGGCCGUACCGGUAACGUGCCUGAGAACGGGCCCUCGACGUUCUUUAACGUGUGGACAGGCGUCGCCGGUGUCGCCGCCUUGGUCUACGCCUUCGCCGGCGCGUUGUAA